CUCGCCUCCGCGCUUUUCCCCCAGGUCCCCCUGAACGCCGACCGCUCCCGGCCCCACCAUGUGCGAGGAGGAGACCACCGCCCUGGUCUGCGACAACGGCUCCGGCCUCUGCAAAGCCGGCUUUGCCGGCGACGAUGCCCCCCGCGCCGUCUUCCCCUCCAUCGUGGGGCGGCCCCGGCACCAGGGUGUCAUGGUAGGCAUGGGGCAGAAAGACAGCUACGUGGGCGACGAGGCGCAGAGCAAGAGGGGUAUCCUCACACUCAAGUACCCCAUCGAGCACGGCAUCAUCACCAACUGGGACGACAUGGAGAAGAUCUGGCACCACUCCUUCUACAACGAGCUGCGCGUGGCCCCCGAGGAGCACCCAACCCUACUCACCGAGGCACCCCUCAACCCCAAGGCCAACCGGGAGAAGAUGACCCAGAUCAUGUUCGAAACCUUUAACGUCCCCGCCAUGUAUGUCGCCAUCCAAGCCGUCCUCUCCCUCUAUGCCUCCGGCCGCACGACCGGCAUCGUCCUUGACUCUGGGGACGGCGUCACCCACAACGUGCCCAUCUACGAGGGCUACGCUCUGCCCCACGCCAUCAUGCGUCUCGACUUGGCCGGCCGCGACCUCACUGACUACCUCAUGAAGAUCCUCACCGAGAGGGGCUACUCCUUCGUCACCACCGCCGAGCGGGAAAUUGUGCGCGACAUCAAGGAGAAGCUCUGCUACGUGGCCCUCGACUUCGAGAAUGAGAUGGCCACGGCCGCCUCCUCCUCCUCGCUGGAGAAGAGCUACGAGCUCCCCGACGGGCAGGUCAUCACCAUCGGGAACGAGCGUUUCCGCUGCCCCGAGACCCUCUUCCAACCCUCCUUCAUCGGCAUGGAGUCAGCCGGCAUCCACGAGACAACCUACAACUCCAUCAUGAAGUGUGACAUCGACAUCCGCAAGGACCUCUACGCCAACAACGUGUUGUCCGGUGGCACCACCAUGUACCCCGGCAUUGCCGACCGCAUGCAGAAGGAAAUCACGGCGCUGGCUCCCAGCACCAUGAAGAUCAAAAUCAUCGCCCCGCCGGAGCGGAAGUACUCGGUGUGGAUCGGCGGCUCCAUCCUGGCGUCCCUCUCCACCUUCCAGCAGAUGUGGAUCAGCAAACCCGAGUACGACGAGGCUGGACCCUCCAUCGUCCACCGAAAAUGCUUCUAAGCCUCC